UAUUAAAGUGCCUUGAGUGAUUGUCGUGCCCAUCAUAUUAUGUAGGCGUGGUUUUGUCCCUAAACUGCGGAAACAGGCUGACUUCUACCAAAAAGCUGGCAGCAGCAACAACAGCAGCAGCAGCAGCAGCAGCAGCAGCACACAGCCUGGACCAGCACUGACAACACAGCAGCGAACAUUAGACAUACUAGUGUCCACGCAGCAUUGAGGAGAUGGGGGACAAAACGGGGACCAGAGUCUUUAAGAAGUCCAGCCCCAACUGCAAGGUCACAGUUUAUCUAGGAAAGCGAGACUUUGUUGAUCACUUAGACCACGUGGAUCCAGUCGACGGCGUGCUCCUUGUAGAACCAGAGUAUCUGAAAGAUCGAAAAGUGUUUGCGACUCUGACCUGUGCGUUUCGUUACGGCCGGGAGGACCUGGAUGUCCUGGGCCUUUCCUUCCGGAAGGAUCUGUACAUCAGCACGGUCCAGGUCUUCCCUCCUGCGCAGGAGAAAAAGACGCCUCUGAGCCGGCUGCAGGAGAGGCUGCUAAAGAAGCUGGGUCAGCAUGCCUACCCCUUCCACUUCACUAUCCCCCCCAACCUGCCUUGCUCAGUAACCCUCCAGCCGGGCGCAGAGGACACCGGGAAGGCGUGUGGUGUGGACUAUGAGCUUCGAGCAUUCUGUGCUAAGACUGUGGAGGAGAAGAUCCACCAAAGGAACUCUGUGCAACUGGUGAUCCGGAAGGUUCAGUACGCCCCCGAGAAGCCAGGUCCACAGCCGAUGGUGGAGACCAGUCGCAGCUUCCUCAUGUCCGAUAGGUCUCUACACCUAGAGGUCUCGCUGGAUAAGGAGCUGUACUACCAUGGCGAACCCAUCAGUGUCAACGUCCACGUCACCAACAACUCCACCAAGAGUGUGAAGAGGGUGAAGAUAUCGGUCCGUCAGUAUGCUGACAUCUGUCUGUUCUCCACGGCUCAGUACAAGUGUCCAGUUGCCCAGGUUGAAGCAGAUGAUCAGGUUUCUCCCAGCUCCACCUCCUGCCAGGUUUACACUCUGACCCCCAUGCUGGGUACCAACAGGGAAAAGAGAGGACUGGCCCUGGAUGGGAAGCUAAAGCAUGAAGACACCAACCUGGCCUCCAGCACCAUAGUAAAAGAAGGGACCAACAAGGAGACGAUGGGGAUCCUGGUUUCCUACAGAGUCAAAGUCAAACUGGUGGUGUCUCGUGGAGGGGAUGUAGCAGUGGAACUUCCUUUUGUCCUGAUGCAUCCUAAACCUUUAGACCAGCCCAGCUCCCAGCCACAGACAGUUGCUCCAGAGGCUGACGCUACCGUGGAUACAAACCUCAUAGAGUUUGAGAUGAAUACUUCCUCUCCUGGUGAUGACUUUGUGUUUGAAGACUUUGCUCGCCUGGGGCUAACGGGGAUAACGUUUGACAAGGAUGAGGGCGACCCCUUCUGCUAGCUCCUCCCCCUUCUCAUUCGCCUGCAGGGUCCGCUGUCUGAGCGGGAGGUUACAGGACACCUCAACCCCAGGAACCUAGAGAGAAGAACUUCUAAAGACAGCCUCUUGAGUCUUUCCACAUGCUUUAAUUGUACCAUUUAUUCUGUAUGGGCUGCUAGAUGUGUCUCUUGUUAAAAGAGCAGUCAAGAAACCAACAUUGUGCAGGGUUUUCCCCAGGAAAGUUGUUUUAGCCUGGUGGCAAGAGUAUUUCUUUUUUUAUGAGGGCCCGGUUGGGGGCCAGCAACAGACUGAUGGCAGCAUUAACGUAGCCCAAUAGUUUCUGUGUUAACAGAAUCAUAGACAGAACUGGGAAAUUGAUAAUUAAAAAAAACAACUAAAAGACAGAUUCCAUAGGGCCCUGCAUUAAGUUAGAGCUAAAAGCUAACUGGAGAUUU